AUGCAAACACCGCCGGGUCUAUGCCUGGAAGGAUCCUGCAACUCAACGGACCCGGCGUGCAACUGGUGCCCGCGCGGACACUGCAAAAACUACACGCAUAGCGGCACUAGACUACUGCGCGAAGACUGGUCGUCAAUCCUCGACAUUCCCGAAGACGCGCGUCGCUUCUCGCUCCACAUCUCCUCAGCGGUUCCCCUCCAAGUGGGUGUGAGGUCCUCGGCCUCUCACCAGGUGUACCGCCUCCGGGACCACUCCGCGAGGGUGGACCCGCCUCGGGACCAGGAUCGCUACUUCAAAUACGAUGUCAAUAUACCGCAGAGUCUUCGCAUUGUGGAGCUGGGUAAUAAGGUGAGCUACUUCAACGAAGAGGAGCCGUAUGAGCUGCAGGGCCGGCUGGUGGCGGGCGGCGCGCUGCUUGAGUGGAAGACCACUGACGCCGACGUGUUGAUGUGGAGCGAGUCGCAGCCCGUGGCCAGUUUAGCUGUGUUGGUGGCCCCCGAGGGCGCGGAGGGCGCGGGCGAGCCCGUCCACUUCUCGCUCAACUUCAGCAUCCCCUACCACGCCGCUGUCACCAAGCCCUUGGAAAACAGGAGGAGGGUAAUCCGCGGGCCGUGCUCAGCGUCGUGCGGCGGCGGCGUGCGCCUCGUGAGACAGAGGUGUUCCCCGCGGCAGCACGCCUGCAAGCCCGCCGUCUACGAACCUUGUCAUACUCACAGAUGCGAGUUCUCCUGGUCUCCUGGCGAGUGGGAGGAGUGCAGUCAGACCUGCGGUGAUGAAGGCGUCCAGGAGAGGCAGCUGUACUGCGUGCCUCAGGAUCUCAGAUUGACGUCUCAGCUGGAGCUGAUGAAGCAGCAAGUGUCGCCGGCGCUGUGCCCCGCGGAGCGCCCGGCGGCCGCGCGGCCCUGCAACCGCAUCCCCUGCCCCGUCUACUGGCAGGAGACCGACUGGACUCCGUGUUCCGCCACCUGUGGACCAGGAGUGCAGACGCAGCGGGUGGUGUGUCCGGCGCCACACGAGGCGCUGUGCGGGCCGCGCCCCCCCGCGCGCCGCCGCCGCUGCCGCCUGCGCCACCGCUGCCACCGCCACAGACAACCGCCCACAGACAACACCAUCCGGGCCUGUGACCUCGUCAUGCCCGAACUCCUUAGAGGGUACUGCAAGAUUGCUUACUUCAGGAAACAUUGCGGGAGGACUUGCCGGGAUGUCGCAGGCACUUGAGGUGGAGGGUGAAAGAGGUUGGUUUCGAUGGUUGAUAUCUUUGGUGGCGGCAGUGGUGCGUUGUCGAUAUGAUCACAGUAUGCUGCUGAAAAGAAAGUUGUAGAAGUAUGUGUGUAUGCAAACGUUAAUUAAUAACUGUAUACUUUUGAUAUUUUUUGUAUGAUUUAGAAUAAUUUUAUAAGAGCCGCGCUAUUUUGCCGGUCAUUUUUACCCGACUGCCGAAGGAGGAGGGUAAUGUUUUUAAUUUUAUCAGUAUUACUCGUUAAGUCAAUAGUAGUAGACGUAACUUUCGUCGUAGAAUAGCCGUUUGUAGAAUUUUCUAGUAAUAUUUGAAGGAAUUUGUAAUUAGUAUUAACAUUAACAUUGUAUCAAGAUAAAUUCCAUAAAUAGGUUUAAUAAUUGUAAUGAAUUAACACUGCCUUUAAUACUGCCAAGCCAAAUACUUACAAUAAAUUAUUGAGUU